CGCUUGUUUCUCCCGCCGAAAUGGCGUCAGGCUGAAGCUCUCACCAAGCAGGGCCCUGAUUGGAGCGUGGGCAGCCACCUCAGCCCAUUGGGCGCCAGCGGCCGGAGGGGCGGGGAAGCCGAGGGCCCCCGCGCCCGGCCGGCCCCCACCCCCACCGCCGCGGGCCCCUCCCCCGGCCCAAGCAGUGGGUGCCCGGCUGGGGCACUGCACCCCCCGACCCCCGGGUGCAAUCCCCGCCGCCAGCCGCUGUGCAGAGCCGGCCGCCGGGCCCGCCCCUCGGCGCCUCCCGGAGCCCGGCCGAGAGAGGCGGCCGCCCCGCCGCGGUCCCUCCAGGCCUCCCCGCAGCACCCCGGAAUGCAAUUCACCGGGGCGGGGGAGGAGGCGGCGGCGGCGGCGGCGCUGCCCCAACCUAGAGACGUCUAGAAAGACGGGGAAAAUGGCUCCGAGCAGGGACCGCCUGCUGCACUUUGGGUUCAAGGCGACAAUGUUCUCAAACAGUGAUGAAGCUGUAAUCAAUAAAAAACUUCCCAAAGAACUUCUGCUAAGGAUAUUUUCUUUCCUGGAUGUUGUUACCCUGUGUCGCUGUGCUCAGGUCUCCAGGGCCUGGAAUGUCCUAGCUCUGGAUGGCAGUAACUGGCAACGAAUUGACCUGUUUGAUUUCCAGAGGGAUAUUGAGGGCCGGGUAGUGGAAAAUAUUUCAAAACGAUGUGGAGGCUUUUUACGGAAGUUAAGUCUUCGUGGGUGUCUCGGAGUAGGAGACAAUGCAUUAAGGACGUUUGCACAAAACUGUAGGAAUAUUGAAGUACUGAGCCUCAAUGGAUGUACAAAGACGACAGAUGCUACCUGUACUAGCCUUAGCAAGUUCUGCUCCAAACUCAGGCACCUUGACUUGGCUUCCUGUACAUCAAUAACAAACAUGUCUCUCAAAGCACUGAGUGAGGGGUGUCCACUGUUGGAGCAGUUGAACAUUUCCUGGUGUGACCAAGUGACCAAGGAUGGCAUUCAAGCACUAGUGCGAGGCUGUGGGGGUCUCAAGGCCUUGUUCUUAAAAGGCUGCACUCAGCUAGAAGAUGAAGCUCUCAAGUACAUAGGUGCACACUGCCCUGAGCUGGUGACUUUGAACUUGCAAACUUGCCUACAAAUCACAGAUGAAGGUCUCAUCACUAUUUGCAGAGGGUGUCAUAAGUUGCAGUCCCUCUGUGCCUCUGGGUGCUCCAACAUCACAGAUGCCAUCCUGAACGCUCUAGGUCAGAACUGCCCUCGGCUUAGAAUAUUAGAAGUGGCCAGAUGUUCCCAGUUAACAGAUGUGGGCUUCACUACCCUGGCCAGGAAUUGCCAUGAGCUUGAGAAGAUGGACCUGGAGGAGUGUGUUCAGAUCACAGAUAGCACAUUAAUCCAGCUUUCUAUACACUGUCCUCGACUUCAAGUAUUGAGUCUUUCUCACUGUGAGCUCAUCACAGAUGAUGGGAUUCGUCACCUAGGGAACGGGGCCUGCGCCCAUGACCAGCUGGAGGUGAUUGAGCUGGACAACUGCCCCCUAAUCACCGACGCGUCCCUGGAGCACUUGAAGAGCUGUCACAGCCUGGAGCGGAUAGAACUCUAUGACUGCCAGCAGAUCACGCGGGCUGGGAUCAAGAGGCUCAGGACCCAUUUGCCCAAUAUUAAAGUCCACGCCUACUUCGCACCUGUCACUCCACCCCCGUCAGUAGGGGGCAGCAGACAGCGCUUCUGCAGAUGCUGCAUCAUCCUAUGACAGUGGAGGUAGCCGCCGGUGAACUGAGUAUUUAAUGACACUUCUAGACUUGCCGUGGAGUCUCUCCAGUGGAAGCGACCCCAGCAUUCUGGGCAGUGGUUACAAAGCGAGGGCAGCGCCCAGAUCCCCAGAGCCACACAUACACAGGCACACACACGCCCUCACCCCCAUUCGCUGUAGAUCUGUGACCGUGGCACUGAAGUUCAUAUCAGCUGUAACAAGUGGAUUGGUAAAAUUUAACCAUUCCUGUUGGACAUGCCCAGAAGAAAUCGUACGCCAUGUUGAGGGAAGGGACAUUCCAGCAAAACCCAGCGUUUCUGCUACUGUGGUUUCCUUACUUAUUAAGGGGUUUCUGUGGGGAUUUGAGACAGUACCUGCAGUCCUCCGGGGUGAACGGUAGCAUGGAAAAACAAUGUAUGAUGUAUCCAGGGACCAGAAAGAAAAUUUCUUCGCAUCCUAGAAAUGGUAGCCAUCCAUUGGGAGAUGCCUACACAGUUUCUGUGCUUCCUUGUUUCCAUGCCGACGUGCUGAGCAUGCUCACAGAGAACGUUUGUCCAUUCAUCUGGUGUUGCAGUAUUUGGCCCAGGGGUUUUCUCAGUUGCUGCACUGAAAUCACUGGGGUCCGAAUGCGAUGGCUCUUUCUUGUCUGCUCAGUUUGUCACUGUGUGUCACUGUGCACCCGUCUUCCAUUCUCUUGCUCACUACUGCACUCUCGUUGAGUCUGUCCCUGGUCGUCGUCUGCUGCUCACGCUCAGUUGUUACUCCUCUGCGGUUGUGUUUACAGUUUGAAUUUUGGAUGAUUAGUUGGGGUUACCAAACAUUUUUAAAAGAAGCAUCAAUAAAUAUUUUUUUAAUCUAAAUUUUGCCAUUAGGGGACCCUGCCUGAAUCUUUGCCAGUCUGGAAGGAAAUGUUAACAAAAGCAGGAAAGUUAUGAUAAGAUAGUUGAACGCUUUGGAUGAAAAGCAAAAACAAAAAACCUUGGCCUUUUGGUUUCUGUUGUGUCUUACGCCCGUUUGCACGGCGUGCGCAGUGCGUGCGCCCUGCACGGUCCCUUUUUCCCAGUUCCCUGAGCUUACUAAGAGAAGUGAGUGCAUUAUUAGUGUGUAGUGGGUGACGAAUCCCCACUGAGCCGGGGUGUCGUCCCCACCCAAGCUCGAGCACAGGUGAGCAGCGCUGCCCUGCGCUGACGGGCGCGGCUGUGUUCUCUGCCCGGGUCUGACGUUACUUGACCUACUUGCUCUGCAGCAGUUAGUGUCUCCAGCCCCUCCCACAUUCAGGCCCGUCCGGGGCAGAGAGGAGCUUGCGGUGGCUGACUGCCCGCGUGCUGACAGGGUUAUAGUGUUGGCGCUUCACAAGACCUGAGCGCGUCAGCCGACGCUCUGCAGACUUCCCCUGAAUGGGAUAUGAAGGCAGCCAGGUAGGGGCGCUGGGGCAGCCAGAGAGCCCAGGGAGGGAGCAGCGGGCGGCUCAGCAUCUGUGCCAAGCCUGCACACCUGACACAGCUGAGGGUACGGGUACCAUGGCUUAGUCAAGAAAAGGCCUCUUCAGAGAAGCAGAAAAUGAGAGCGAUCAAAUGAGUUUCUAAAGCAUAUUCCUAAACCCCAAUGGUAGAAGCCUUGUGUAAUAUUUAUUAGGGUUGUGGGGUGAAGGGGCUUUUAGAACAUGGGUAUGCAAGCCAGGAUGUUAAAAGGGCUGUUUUAAUGCGAUAGGUACAGGUUCUGCCAGAAUAUGUAAGAAUAUAGUCUGAUUUAUUUCUCCAUUAAUGUAGAAAACAAUCAGAUGAAAAGGUCCUAGAAUUCUAUAUUACCAGAUUUAUUUAUCGUAUUAAACUUAUUUAAAAUCUUAUUUUAUUAUGCUCUUUUGAAAGCUAAAUUACUUGUGUUUUUUAUUCCUUCUCCCCUUUAUGUUCACAUUUCCCUGCAAGAAAUUCCUCUUCCUUCCUCUGAGACCGUGUUGUUACGUUGCCCAGCUGACUCUCUCCGGCACCUGGCCCCCAGUUGCCCUCCCCCUCAGCCAGCGUCCUGAGUGAAGGGGACUGCGGUGGCUAAUGCUGCUUUACAUGGCAGAAUGUGUGUGCCCGUGCACCCCAAACAGAGGCUUGCUCUGUGGCCCUGGCUGGCCUGGGACUUGGGGUUGUCCUUCUGCCUCACCCUUCCAAGCGCUGGGAUUAUAGGCGUGAGCCACCCCACCAAACAAGUUAGACUUAAUGAGCACACACACAUAGCCACGCUUCCAAGUGUGUGUAGAUUUAGAUCCCUGGUUCUUUCAAACAAAACCAAGAGAAACCUAGGGUCUGUCAGCUCCAAACGAUGUUGUUUGAUUCUCCCCCCUAAGUGCCUAACAAGCUGACAGUAAAACCUGAGUACUAAUUAGUGAACAGAGAUUUGAAUUGCCCUGGUCCUGAGUCAUUCAAGUACUUCUGUUUUCCAAGAAAGUUUGAAUACUCACCAGUAUGUCAGUCGUCUUAAAAACGCCACUGUCUUCUUCCUCAGAGUGUAUUGCCACAGGCACGAUCAUUGAAUUUGUCUUGGUGAGCCCUGCUGGUCAGGCAAAUUCCAACCUUUCUGGGCCAAGAUCACAAGUCAAAAGGAGGCCUGCAUAGUGUUCAACCCUACGGUCAGCCAUGAGAUAGCUUUUCUCAAGUUAAGUAAGGCCACCAUGCUCGGGAGGGAAACAGGUGAUUUUUCUCAUGUUGAGGAACAUUUCUAAGGAUUCAGAAAGGUCUUGGUUUGGUUGGUUGGGUUUGUGUUUUAGGGCUGUGGAUGGAACCUGGGGUCUUUGCAUGCUUUAAGCAAGUGCUCUACCAACCUGUGUCUCCAGCCCUCAUAAAGCUUAGCAUGAAAACUUCCCCUUUGAAAAAGCCUAUUAAGAGCUGCCAAGAUUACUCUGAAGGUAAAAGCACAUGCCAUGCAAUCCUAAUAGAGUCUGACCUCCAGAACCCGCCUAAAAGAUCUCCUGAUGGGAGGGGAAACAUUAGAGUAGACCAGAAGCUUGAGGGCAGCCAUCCCGGAGCACAUAGGCCUCACCAAGGUUGGAAGGACAGAAUGACUCCAGAAAGUUGUCCUUUGACCCCCAUACAAGGUGCGGCAUAUGUGAAAUUAGGAAGAAAAUAAAAACACUGGGAGCCAGGUAUAGUGUUCUGUGCCUGUAAUCUCAACACAGAAGACGUAGAGGCAGGAAGAUUGCUGCAAGUACAAGGUUAGGAUACACAGCAGGGGACUGUCUGUGGGGGGCAGGGGGGGGAAGCCUGUUGGUCUGCCUGUCUAAUUUUACACCCACUCCAAAUACACCUUUCUACAGCAGGGGGAGAAAGUGUACCACAAUACAGAUCUAGAGCGAGAUGGAGCUAGUUGAGAUGGUCCCUACAGUCUCAGGUCUGAGAUGAAGAGGCUCUUGAGUUUGAAGUCAGCCUCGUGACUAUACAGCCAGCCAAGUUAAGAAGAGUACGUCACCCUCAAGGAUCUUGUCCCAAGCCUUCGGGUGGCCAGGAGAGGUCCCUGGAAUAUGUCUGGGGACAGUGCUUGAGAGUACAGGUAAUCUCAUUUGCAGGCAGCCCUCCCCUGUCUGUCACCCCCCACCGUUAGCUGCGGCAUCGUUAUUAGCGCUCCGGCGGUGGUUACCGACAGCCCCUGUUCUCCUGGCACACACCCUGUAUUUAUAGCGCUGUCUCGUCGUCGGACAUGUUCAGUCCAGCGGCUUUGGACUCCUUUCCCUGGUCCCAGCGAGCUGUUCAGUAUGCAGUGAUUGGAAGUGGCUCUUGUUAGUUGAUGGUCCUUGAAGUUUGGGCUUUGGCUUUGGCUUUGAGUUGAGUUUGAAGCUGAGUUGGUGGCUCUAAGGAGUGAGGGCACCUAACUUCCAUCUUCCCUCGGGGAAUUUGGGAUAUGAAGGCUGCUUAGCGGUAUUUGUUUCCUUUCUGUAAACGUAUUUUACUGCUCCUACUCUCACCUCUACAGCUUUUCUGGAUACAGAAGUAUCCCUCAAAUCAUUCUGUAAAUUUCUGGUCCGAUGUCUGUGUCUGCUAGAUUGACUUAGCAGACCCAUAAGUCAGAAACGGAGUUUUAAGAAGCUUCCAAGGAAAGUUGGUGAGGAGCUUACCAUGCUUUGUUUGGCGUAUUCUGUGCUAUUGGGGAUGUUUGUGGUAGCUGUGAGCCACUAAAGCCCAUUUGAUUUUUUUUUUUUUUUUUUUCAGUUGUCUUGUAAAAUGUGUUUGGAGCAUGUCUUGACCUGACAGUUAGGAAGUGUGACUUGUCACUGGAAAGGCGAGAGUGACUUCCUGCCUGACUGUGGGCAGCCUCUUAGGUGACAGUGUUGAGACUUGAAGUCCUCAGAUCAUGACUGAUCUUGGCUGUUGAGGUGGCUCAGCCCGUAAGGCUAUUGGCCAGACAAGUCCAACAACCUGAGUUGUGACGGUGAAAGGACAGAACUGACAGCCGGAAGUAGUUCUCUGGCUUCCUGUGCACGCCGCACAUACAGGCACACACGUGCAUACACAGAUACACUACGGUAAUAAAAGAUUAUUAAAAGUAAGGUUUGUUGCUUUUAAGAUCAGGCAGCUCACCUCGUCAUCAGUGAGUGGGUGGGCAUGGAAAGAGCCUGUUGGACCUUUUCCACGUUGUAGAGGUGGGUUUCUGUUCUGUGGUUCCUGCUGACAGACCAGGGGAUAAGUCCAGCCUUGAGAAGAGCUUGGAGGUCUUGAAGCAGAAACCCUUAUAUGACCUGGGGACAAAAAAUUCUAAUCCUAAGGAUGAGUGGGUGUAGGUUUCUCAGACUUGCUCACCUUUAUUUUCAUCUUAAAUCUGCAUCAGAAGAUGCAGAAAGUAGUGUAUCGAUAGGAUGUGAUUAGCCCUGCUGAUUUGAGAAUAAAAUUUGGCUGUAAAUGCUAUAUCCAAAUGUCCUGGCUUCACACCUUCAUUCUCCAGCAAAGAAUAUAAGCUAUUUAAGCACCAGCUGCUGUGAUCCUGCCUUCUUUCUUGUACCUACCAGAAACUGCCCUAGGAGGCGGGCAGGUUUUUUUAUGCGAAGGGCUUCUGCAGCUUCCCAUUAGAGCCAGAUCUACCCACCUUCCACUGUGAUUUCUCAGCACAUCAUUUCUGCAUCUCUGGAGGCUUUGAUCCCUAGGCUUUUAGUCAUAAGCCUCUCUUUUGAGUCCAAAUGAAUCUUGUGAGUUCAAGAAAGUACAAUAUUCAAGAGCAAAAAAGCUUUCGUUAUGCAAAUCUCACAUGGAAUGUUGGAGAAAAAUACACCUGCAAUUCUUUGAUCUCUGCCACAUGGGUGUUUGGUCUAAGGUUUUGUGGAGUUGAGUUUACAAAAGCAUGUUGGUGCUUCUCAGCCAGGGUGGCUUGUAGAACAAGAACCACGAACAAGCAGAAACACAGUGACCCCCUUCUCCUGUGUUCUCCCAAGAGUUGGCGUGGAGGAAGGAUAGGCCAGGCUAGAACUGGGAUGCUUUGCCUCAGGAAGAGCAUCUGUCCCGAGCUCAGGACUGUCACCUCCCACAUGACACGUUUACUGUUCAUCUCAUCAACAUCACACCCAUUCUCGGCAAGAAUGGCUUCCUUGCUGCUUCUGGGCACAGCGCUAGUACCAGGACAGGAGUGUGGGACAGUGGGCAAGUCUCCCUAGGAAAAGGUAAUGGGAGACAGGUGUCUUCUGUCAGAUCCCGAGAACCAUGAGAUCCGAGAUCUUCGAAGUUAACAUCCUUUUUGCUCCACUUACUGCUACGUGGGAUCUGACCCCACAUUGCUGCUCACACGUGUUUCUUCUUGGCUCCUGAAAACAUUCAUCCACUCAGUUUCCGUGGCGCUGGAGAACGGGGACCUCUAGAGUCUUAGGAAAUCAACUUGAAGUCAACUGUGAGUGCUAUGGCUCAUUAGUUAGCUCACAACAACCCCACCCCCCAUGCUGCAGCAGGGCUUCUGUAUGUGGAACCUUGCUGCUUUCAGGGUUUGCGUAGGAAGGUUUGUCCCUUGUCAGGAUCGUCUCUUCCAUAUUGCUGACGACUGUUAAUUUCUAACAAGUACAUGAAUUGGUGAGUCUGGUUUCUUCCUUACCACGCUCACACAUGGCAUACUAACUCCUAGAUCCUGUUGUCACGUGUCCCCCAAUCUUUAAGCCAGCUCUUUCUCCCUGUGAUCUGACCCCAGGAAUCAGUGAUCACCUUCCAAAAGGUAUCUGGAAGAGGCUCCAGCUUACUUUCUGCGUCCGUUUUAUCCACUCUGGCUGCCUCCUUUUUCCUCCCAGGAGUUAUUUCCAGUUACUAUUUCCUGGUGGCUGUUUACCGCCGCCCACCUUCCAGUGACCCUGAGAGCACAGACCUGGGUGAUGUGGCCUGUGCAGCGCUCAGAGCACUGUGGGGACCCUUCCUGCCAGGCUGCUCAGGGACAGAGAUGGAUUGGUACCCGGUGCUGUCUGCGGAACUCUCAUCCUCGCCCCUGCACCCCCACUCCUGCUGACUCCCUGCGGGGUAGCAGGGCGGGUGUGAGCCCUGUGCCCUGGCUGCUGGGGCUGACCUGGACUGUGUGGCGUGGGGGCUGCUGCUUGCUUGUUUCUCACCAGGCCUGCACCAACACCUCCCCAGGCCUCUCACUGUUCCCCAGUGGGGACGUAACACCACGUUCCAUUAGCUGAGUGACUGUACGCGCGCCUCGUACUCCCAGCAUCCAAGGGUGUGGGGGUGAGGAGGGUUGUUUUAAAUAAAUAAAAUUCAAGGAGGCAGUAGACGAUUCUUUUUGCUUUAAAAUCUUUGGACUAAAGAUAUGUUUUUAUAUAUAUAAAUAUAUAAAGUAAAUUGUUAUGUAACUAUUAUUGUUUCCUGUAUGUUCUAAUUUUGUUUUAUGAUGUAAUUAAAGAAAAUAAGCUGUGAA